ACAUCAAAAUCAAACUCCAAAGACAUGAAAGAAGUCGCUUGCAAGGUGUGGUGAGUGACUGAAGGCUAUUAACAAAAACUUCAUUAAAUAGUGUUUGCUGUAUUCCAAAGUUGAAGAUCCAGCAGAUUGUCCUUACAAUGGCAGAGCAAGAACAGCAGCACGCUCACGCUGAUGAGGAAUGGGAUUGGGAGAACUCCAAGCUUAGCAAGGUUAAACAAGCCUUUAAGGAAGAGUUCAUCGCCCGUAUAGCACUAGAUAAGGGGCAUCGCUUGAUGGACAUAGGAUGCGCUGAGGGUGAAUUCUUGGACCAGCUGUCUAGCCAAGUCCAUUCCAUUGUAGGUAUUGACAUUGAUGCUGGCGAGAUUAAAAAGGCGAACGAGAAAAACACCUGCCCCAACAUCAUCUACAAGGUGGCAGACUUUGGGACCGAUCUGGGUGACUGCAGUAAGGAAUGGCAGAACAACUUUGAUACCAUUAUGAGUGGCUUUACGCUGCACUUCAUUGAAGACCAGCCGAAAGCGUUGAAGAACAUGUACGACUGUCUGAAGCCAGGAGGGAAGUUGCACCUAACGUACAUCGGGGACAAGCGUGGCUGGACGACUAAGGCAGAGGCUUAUGUCAGGAACCAUCCAAAAUGGGGACCACUUGUCAAGGAUGCAAAGGGAAAGAACAUUAUCAUCGAGUCUACGGCCGACAAAGUGAAGGGAAUGAUUGAGAGUGUAGGAUUCCAAGACGUUCAAGUGUAUCAGGAUCACGAUCUUGCUGAGGAUGACUAUGAUGAUGAUGAUGCCUCAGGUUAUAUUUACGGAGUGUUGAACCUAUCAUUUUCGAUUCCUGAUGCAGUCUGUAAAGAAUACAUGGCGGAUGUCAGCAAGUUUUCACGAGACAACUUUGGCACAAAUUCACCCUGGGAGUACGUUGAAAUUGUCUGCAAAAAGUAAUAGCGCCACCAAGAGCAAAUUCAAGCAAGGGACUAUAGUUGACCAUUGUCGACCAUUUGAAAAAAAUUCUGGUGCCCAGUAUGUAUUGAAUGCAUAGGUCACCAUGGAAUAUUGACUAGUGAUGACAAAUGGUCCCUGCUCGAACCUGACCUAUAGACCUUUUAUCACGGUGCAGCCAUCUUGAAUUUUUUACCAAUGAUAUCAAUGUAACCAAAUCAAGGCAGGAAAAAAAAAUA